AUGUCGGCAUCGUCUACUAAUUCACCGGUUCCGAUGACUACACCAACGCCAACACCGGAAUCAACGCCUGCGGAGCCUACACCUUCAGAACUUACGCCUUUGGAACCUAAUAAUUUGUCUACCUUGUUUUCAAAUAUUAUGUCACUAACUUUAAGGAAAUUGAUGACCCGCAGAGCUACUAUCAAGGAGAUGGAAACUAAACUGAGAGCUACUUUGAAGGAGCUUGAAGUUUCUAAAGCUUUAUGCGAACAGUUGCUCCAGGAGAGGGACGACACGGCAUGGAAAGCAAUUAAGCCUGAAACCAUUCAAAAUUGUUUCAAGAAAGCAGGUUUCAGAAAUAACGUGGUUGACGUCGUGUUGGAAGAUGAAGAACCCGAGAUACUGCAGGGUUUUCCUGGAUAUUCUUCCAUUGAUGACAAUGUAGCACCGUACGAAAUUCAAUCAAUUGAAGAUCUUAUUAAGAAUGUGAAUGACACACAAAACGAGGGCCUAAGUGAGAAUGAUGAAGACGAAGAUGAGUCAACUCCGGAAGAAGAUAAUUUGAUGAGACCACCUCGACAAAACCAAGUUCCUCCCAAAAAAAAGAAACAAACGGAAAGUACCCAAAUUCCUCAAAUAACAAAAAUUUUGAACGAAAGUUUACAAUUACAAAAGUUCAAUAAUGAUAGUGACGCAAAAGGAAAUCGAGCAUUUCUUAUGUCCUUUGUACCCAUUAUGGAUUCUAUGACUCCAGAUUUGACUAUGGAAACUAGAUAUGAAAUUACGAAUUUAUUCAGAAAUAUACAAAGAAACGAAAGAAACCGCAGUAUUCCUAGCAACUUGUCUGAAUUUCUUUACCAGAGGAACCAGGAUUCAUCUGGGAGCUCUGCCUCUAGAGCAUAUCACGAGACAUUAUCUCCAACUAGCUUCGGACACAUCAACGGAAAAUGA